UUUCGUUCAGCCAUCGGCAAAGUAAGUUCGUUGUGUAAGCGAAAGAGUGGGAGAGAGUUUUUUUGUUUCCUCUCCCAACGCCUCUCCGGUUGUCAUUAUCCCGCGCAAGUCCGAAGAUCAACACCCGGAGAUAACACAGAGGAACAAUCAGAAGCGGAUUGGUAAAAAAGAACUACCGUGGAACUGCCCUGGACCGGCCACCAGAUAGGGGUGGUAUCACUGAACCGAUUGUUUGAAACGAAUCUGCUGUCGCCGGGCCGGGGCCCAAGAUGCAAAUUUGAGCGUGUUUGUGAAGUCAUUUACAACGAACCGUGCGCUUAUCAGUAGCCGGACCAGAGAGACAGGAGACGGCGGGGACAUCGUCGCUCAAGUGCUCUCAACAAAAUACCUCUCGUACCUCUCCAGCCAGCCAGCUAGGCCACGAUCGCGUCCCGUGCCUGCCCGUCCACGCACGGCUUUAGUCUCACACGGCCAGCGAAGCCGAAAGCACCUCCACCUCCAAGUAGGCGACGAUAGCCCCUCGAGCUUACAUAAUCCCCGUUCGUCACCAUGGCUACCACCGAACUACCUCGCGUUAACCUGGAUGAACCCCGCUACGACCAGAGUACGUACCUCAACCGUGCCAAGCAUUUCCUCGUCGUCACGAAUCCACUGAAUGCGUUCGCCACCGAGGAGCAGCUCGACCGGGCUGCCCGUAUCGUCCGCGACUAUCGUGCCGGUAAACCGGUACCGGAUGUACGCAGUGUCGAUGAGCUGUGGAGCGCCAAGUACCUGUACGACAGUGCGUUCCAUCCGGAUACGGGCGAGAAGAUGUUGCUGGUGGGCCGCAUGUCCGCCCAGGUGCCCAUGAACAUGACCAUCACCGGCUGCAUGAUGACGUUCUACAAAUCGACGCCGGCCGUCAUCUUCUGGCAGUGGUUCAACCAGUCGUUUAACGCGGUCGUCAACUACACCAACCGUUCCGGCGCCUCACCCAUCAGCCAGGAGCAACUUGUUACCUCGUACUGCAUGGCAACAGGUGGUGCCCUCGUCACCGCCCUUUCGCUUAAUCGUCUCGUGCGGAAUGCACCACCACUGGUCGGGCGUCUCGUUCCGCUGGCUGCCGUAGCUGCCGCGAAUUGCAUUAACAUUCCACUGAUGCGCAUUCAAGAGAUCAAGAACGGUGUCACGUUGCUGGAUAAGGAUGGCAAGGAAUUGGGUCAAUCUGUGCGAGCUGCCAAGGAAGGCAUCUCGGCCGUCACCUUCAGUCGAAUCCUGAUGGCUAUGCCUGGAAUGGUGUUUACGCCGGUGCUGAUGAAUAGUCUCGAGAAGCGCGGAUUCAUUCGUCGUUUCCCGUGGGCUAACGCACCGAUCCAGACGCUGUUCUGUGGGUUGUGUUUGACCUUCGCGACGCCGCUCUGCUGUGCCCUGUUCAGUCAGAAGGCAUCGAUCUCCGUGGACAGUCUGGAGGAGGAUCUGCGAGCCAAGCUGCGCAAGGAGCGCCCCGAGCUGGACGUGGUGUACUACAACAAGGGCCUCUAAGCUGGCGAGAGGAAAACAUUCGCCAACAGGCAUUGCCUCAGGAAAGCCUCCAUGGGUUCCAUGGACUCGGCAGAACGGCAUUUAAUCAAUCGCGGUGCAUAUCUAUUUUCUUUGAUCCGGCGCCUGCUCGGUGAUUGUGUUUAGGAUAGGUUUUUUAGCAAGCAUCCCUGUACCUCCACUUAUCUUGUUCGGCCAUAUGCGCUUGCUUGUUCUAGUACAAUCCCCCCCCCCCCCCCCCCUUUCUCGCUCAUUCUCUCUGUUGACUAGUUUUUAGGUUCCCAUUGUGCUCGGUUACGAUACGCGCUCGGCCUUCCCGUACGAUGCGGUAGUACAUCUUCAAAGUGCACGUGACAAUAACUGUGUGUUCUCCUGUACGUAUGUGCAUGUGUAGCUGUUCGGCCAAUUAAUCGGGCAGUGGUGUACACUGGCGUUGUUGAGCCUGCAUUUAUCCUGCCUCUGAAACCAAUAAACCAUCAAGGUGAAUCCAGAAUAGAAGCAAUGAAAGCGAACACACUUGAGGAACGGAAAUCGAACAAAACAUUCAUUUCUUUUUUAUACCAACGAAAAACCCGGUGCUACUAUGAUCCUAUGGGAUCGAAGGCAUCGAUGGUAACUUUGCGAAACUUAGUUCACAUGGUUCAAUUCGAGGGAGAACUUUAUCCACUUACGAGCCAGAUGAGUACAAUUUUUCUAAUUUUCCGUAUUUAAUUUGAAAUUAGUUUAUUUCCAUGUUUUUCACUUUUCCCAUCGUUUACCUUCAUCGUUAUCAUACAGAUCAAUACCCCAACUACAUCGUUUGCUUCCAGACGCAUCCCAUCACGUUUCACUUUUGGGUGUUUGAAUGCGUGUGAGUUUUUUUCUGUGUUCUUGUGUCGAUUGUUGAUAACAGCUUCAUAAACGAGCAAAAUAUAGCAUAUCGUGGAGUAUCUCGGUGAAGUA